AUGUCGGUCCUUCUUCCAACUGUCCAGAGCUCCUUCGAGCACCUCACGCCGGCCCACGUCGCCAUUGGCGCUAUCCUCAUCCUUGCCUUGCUCUGUCUCAUUGCGCCGGACCGCUACAUCUUUGCGUCCCACCGCAAAGGCAUUAAAGAGCCGCCCGGUGCGCUCCCGCUGGUUGGCAACCUGCCCUUACUCCUCUCCAUCGCGGCCAAGCGCGUCCGCUUUCUCGAUGAGUUCCUCGCGAUGCAGAAGACCAUCGGCGCCGGUGCGCAACCAUGGGCUGCCACCUUUCCGUUCCUCGGAGGGCGCGUCACAGCGAUCAACCGCCCGGAGUACAUUCGGUGGGUGCAGAAGACCAACUUUGAAAACUACGUCAAGGGCGCGCAGUUUCAAAACUCGAUGGGCGAUGUCAUGAGCCUGCACGGGAUCUUUGUCGCCGAUGGCGAGGUCUGGAAGAAGCAGCGAAAGAUGGCAUCACACAUUUUCAGCGUUGGUAACUUCCGUACACAUGUGCAGAAGACGAUCCAGCGCGAUCUUGCCGUUCUCAACCAGCUCUUCCGGGGAGCUAGCGACAAGGGGGUCGAGAUCAACCUGCCUGAUCUGUUUUUCAGGUUCACGCUCAGCUCGUUCUCGCUGAUGGCAUUCAGUGCGGAUAUCCAGUGUCUGCCCUCGCACGUCGAGGGGCUCAACACGAUCGUCGAGUUCGCCUCCAACUUUGACUACGCUCAGCGCGUCAUGGACGAGCGCUUUGUCGACCCGCUAGCACGUUUCACAGAAGCUUGGGCCGCGAAGAGCUGCUACCUGUAG